AUGGGGCCCCCGGAGAGCGCGGCGGAGCUCGCAGCCGAGGCGGUGGAGCUGCGCGAGCCGGAGCUGCAGCUCGCGGACCCGGCGUCCCCCGGCGAGGAGCACGUGGACGUCGAAGCGGAGGGCGACCCCGGCAGCCGCAGGUGCUGGCCGUGUGGAGCCUGGGUGUGCGGCUCGCGUGGGGAGCCCGAAGCCAAGAAGAAAGCACCCUGCCCCGGACUUGGCUUGUUUUACACAGUGUUGUCUGCCUUCCUUUUCUCAGUGACCUCUUUAUUUGUUAAAAAAGUGCAAGGCGUCCAUGCUGUAGAGAUCAGUGCGUUUCGAUGCGUGGUCCAAAUGCUAGUUAUUAUUCCUUGCUUAAUAUACAGAAAAACUGGGUUCAUAGGUCCCAAAGGUCAACGACUUUUCCUCUUCCUCAGAGGGGUCUUUGGUUCCAGUGCCAUGAUCCUUAUGUACUAUGCUUUCCAGACAACAUCCCUCGCAGAUGCCACAGUUAUUGCGUUUAGCUGUCCAGUGUUUACGUCCAUAUUUGCUUGGAUAUUUCUCAAGGAAAAGUAUAGCCUUUGGGAUGCUUUCUUCACCCUGUUUGCGAUCGCCGGAGUGAUACUUAUCGUGAGACCGCCAUUUUUAUUUGGUUCGGACACUUCAGGGAUGAGAGAAAGCUAUUCAGACCACAUUAAGGGAACGAUCGCAGCGGUCGCACACGCUGUGCUAGCUGCGAUGACACUGGUUAUUCUGAGGAAGAUGGGGAAAUCUGUGGACUACUUUCUGAGCAUUUGGUAUUAUGUCAUACUUGGACUUCCCGAAACCAUCAUCAUCCUCUUCAUCAUAGGAGAGUGGAGUCUGCCGUACUGUGGGCUGGACAGGCUGUUUCUCAUACUCAUUGGACUCAUAGGUUUGGGGGGUCAGAUAUUCAUCACUAAAGCAGUUCAAAUAGAAAAAGCAGGACUCGUAGCGAUAAUGAAGACGAUGGAUAUCGUCUUUGCUUUCAUCUUUCAGAUUGCUUUCUUUGAUAAUGUACCAACGUGGUGGACGGUGGGCGGGGCUCUCUGUGUGGUCGUCAGCACUACUGGAGCGACCAUUCGUAGAUGGCUACAGGGUUCCAAAUGAAAUGUCACUGCUGAAGUCUAUUUUUUUCAAGUACGCCAUCACCCAGCUCAGACAUCUUACACACCUACACACAUACCCGGAGAAUCUGCAUUAUUCAUUGGUUAUAUUUAAUAAAUUUCAUAAAGUACCAUUUUUUAAUACAAUGUUUUUAAUUAAGAGUAGCUAGCUAGGCUAGCCUAGCAGUUUCUGGAUAGCUUUUAUUUUUUGCUUUGGCUUGUUGGUUAGGUUGCCGUUGAUGAGGAGGGAGCUCAUUUGAGGAAUUUCAGAGAUUUUUAUGAGUACAGUUUUUAAGAUUUAUUUUUGACACAGGAUGUGGACGGGAGAUACUCUAUUUUAGCAGUGUAGAUAAGAUGCUUAACGUUGACCAUGCUGCUAUAAUUAGUACUGUGCUAAUCCUUCGGUUGCAGUAUAAUCUCUCUUAGGAUGCCAAAGCUGCAACUUGGUACAGGUGCCUACUUACUGAUAGGGGUAUACGUGAACCAGCCUUAUUUUCCAGGAUCUUAGAGAUGAUUAUUACACUUUUAACUCAUUUGUGCCUUUUGGUUUUGAUGCUGGAACUUUUAUAUGUACUCUGAACAGAGCCUCCAGCUUGCCACACAUGGUUAGCAGUUCUCUCUUUCAGUAUAUUAGCGACUCUGGCUAUUGUUUUGAAUUUCAAUUGUCUCCUGUUUUACUGAAAUUACACUUUUUUUUUUUAAACAUUCCAAGAUUUCCAAUCUUAAAAUGAGAACAAAAUCUUGGCAUGACCAGUGUGUUCGUUCCCAUCCUGAGGUGAUCUCACUUCAGAUGCGGUGAUUUUUCUACAAAUUCUCUUUGAAUUCACAGUGUGAUGCCAAAUGCAAUUUUCUCAGGAUUGUACUAGGCUGGGCCAUUAUCAGAGCGCCCAGAUUCUACCAUUUUCAUUUACAAAACCUGUAUUUCUAGAAGGUUCAUCCUGCAAGCACCCUUUACAUUAAACCAAAUAUCUGUAACUUUACAGUACAUGUCUGUUAUUAAACUUUAUAGUCUUUUUCCAUUUUUGGAAUGGUAUAUUAUAAUGCUUGUGGCAUAUGAAAAAUGUAAAGACCUGUUAAUCCACAGUUGAUUGGCUUUUACAGUUUUUUGCAUAUACAAAAAGCAUAGGUACAUGCUAGUCUUUGACUCACAAUACUAGUGUGAACUUAGAACAUUCUAACUGUGGAGCAGCGGCACGCAGGCCAGUACUCCUCUGUGAAAAGAUUGGGAAUAUGUGACCAUGAGUCUAUGGCGCUUUGGAUGCCUUUGUGGUGAGGCCAUAGUGGCUGCCACCUCUUACUUUGUCAGACACUGUCCAUUGUUAUCAUUAGCUGCAGAGUUGAGGGGCUGUUGUUCACUCUCAGGCUCCUCACAGCUCUUCUGAAGGAAGGGACUGACUGGUCUCCUGGGUCUUGAUUCAGCUAUAAAAGGAUCUUCUCCUGUAGUUCCUAAGAGGACCUUUGAGUUUGGUGGUCCAUCAUGUUUACCACCUGACAUGCUAAAUAUUUAUUUAGCUGAGUCACCUCAGUUGCAUUUGACCCCUCAUAGAUUUGUCAAUGGUGCCAUUCUACCAGCAUCCUAGAAAAUAGAGUCAGCAGACCUUUAGAAUUUAGAGGGGGUCUUAGAGAUCAUCCUGGGGGAUGACAGGAGGGAGGCCUGCAAUAGCUGGUUUCCAUAGCAGCCUCCUCUCAUUCAGUUCCACUGGAGCUAUACCACCAAACUUACACAAUAGAAGAGUUUCUGGGACAGUGGAAGAUAAAUCCCUUUGGAAAUACAUUAUAUUUCAACUGUGUCUUAAGUACUUGAAUGUCAGGAUAUGUGGCUGACAUUGGAGACAAUGAUUCUUACAACCUUUACAGGGUAUGAUUUUUAAACAAUGUUCAAGUGUUAUACAAGGCUAUGUGUUGUAACAAUUAUGGGGGGAGGCUAUGUAUUUUCCAAAGAUUGUAGUUUCUAUAUCUUGCAAAGGAAAUAUUUUUUCCUAACAUGUUUUUAUUUUGUAAGUAAUAAAAUCAUAAAAGAUGUUGGUUUUUAUGACUAUA